UGGGAUGCCACACCAGAAGCUUCGCGAUCUUCGCGGUCAAAUCAAUGAGCUAGGCCACCCCCACGCGGGCCCUGAGCUUGCUGGAGCUGGGCUUCUGUACACGGAGACUUCCAGGUAAGGUUUGAUCUUGCUCAGGGCGAACAAGUACAGUACACACCUAGCUUGCUCCAAUUGUCCGUACAAUGUCCCUUCAGGUACGGUGAUGAGGGUGGGAACCUGUUGGGAUAUAAACCCAUUCCCCUUGCGGUUUUCAUUCUGCUCGUAGACUCGCGUUCCGGCUCUCUUUGCAUUCUUCGACACUUUUCGCCUUAUACAAACUUUACCAAGCACCAGCAAAGCAACUCUUCACAUCAUGGCUCCCCGUCCUAUCUUCUGCGCUACGCAUCCCCGAGCUGUUUCCACAGCCUUCGAGAGGGUUUUCAUGACCCGUCGUGAUACUCUGCGCUGUGUUCACGAGCCCUUUGGCGAUGCCUUCUACUUUGGCCCUGAGCGCAUGGGCAAACGCUUCGCCAAUGACGAGAAAACCCGACAGGAGAGCGGCUACGCCAACACGACAUACCGCGACGUUCUCAAUGACAUCGAAACGGACGGGCAGAAUGAGGAUAUUCGUAUCCCAAACCCCACUAGAACGGCCUCUCCUGCUAUCAUGGGGGGAGUGUCCUUGGCUUACAAUUACCAGGGAAAGCGCAUUUUCAUCAAGGACAUGGCGUACUACUUCAUGGCGCCGGAUGGCGAGCCCACGAGCAUUGCACCUUCGCUCGGCGGCCGUCCCGAGCCCAACAAUCCGACCAACAUCCCUCUGGACAUUCUGCGCAAGUUCAACUUCACCUUUCUCAUCCGCCAUCCGAGCCGCUCCGUCCCCUCUUACUGGCGCUGCACGAUCCCGCCGCUGUGCGAGAUCCACGGCUUCGACCACUACAUGCCCAGCGAAGCUGGCUACGAGGAGCUCGUCCGUCUGUUCGACUACCUCAUCAGCGAGGGGGUCGUGGACAAGGAUAACCUGACCGUGCUGGACGCGGAUGACAUGCUCGACAACCCAGAAGAGAAGAUCAAGGAGUACUGCAAGCGCACAGAGAUUGACUUUGUCCCCGAGAUGCUCGAGUGGACCGAGGCCGAUGGCGAGGACGCUGCCAAGCACUUUGCCAAGUGGAAUGGUUUCCACGAUGAUGCUAUCCACAGCUCAUCCCUCAGGCCGCGGGCGCAUGCUCAGAAAGCGUCGACUGUCGAGUCGGAGAAUGCUGACUGGACUGAGAAGUUCGGCGCCGACGCGGCCAAGGCCAUCCGUCGUACUGUCGACGCCAAUAUUCCCCAUUAUGAGUACUUGAAGCAGUUCAAGCUAUAA